AUGAGAGGACCUUUAGGAGCUGUGAUUGGAAGAUAUACUUCAAGUGAUGGGAGUGCUCCAAAUGAUGGGAUCAUCAAACACAACAGAAAGUGCAGAGAUAUUACGUUUCUUGUUAUCUUCAUUGCCUUUUGGGUUUCAAUGAUUGUCAAUUCAAGCUUUGGUUUUAACCAAGGAAACCCCUUAAGACUCACUUAUGGAUUGGACUAUGAAGGGAAUGUGUGUGGUAGCAAGCACCGUCACCGUGACCUUACUCAACUUGAGCUUAGAUAUUGGUUAAACCCUAACCAAGUUUAUGAGAGUGGUUUGAAAGAUGGAGAGCUCAAAUUGGCUAAUGCUAGGACUAUUUGUCUCUUGGAUUGCCCUGAACCUUCAGAUGAUACUCUCAACUGGGUCUGUGAUUAUCCUGACGGCGAGAUUCGUCUCAAGAUGAAUGAUUGGAUCGACAGGAAUUACGAUUACUUUGAAUUUCUAACUCCGGAAAUGAGGAAUUCGUCUCUUCAGCUUCAGGGUCCUUGUUACCCUGUAAUAUUCCCUAGUGUGAAUGUUUAUUGGAGCUGCCAAUAUAUUGCUCGUGCUUCGAAUUCAUCCCUGCGCCACUGGCAGCAGAUGGGCGGUGUGAAUAUUCAAGAUGACAUGAUCAUAGACAAAUCGAUCCGAGGGGCAAUGAAUUCUCGGGCCUCGGUUCUAAAGCGUUAUGUGGCUGAUGUUGGCAAGUCAUGGCCAGUAUUGAUUGUUUGUGGAGGCCUUAUCCCUCUGUUUCUAUCCAUUAUUUGGCUGUUCUUGAUUCGACAUUUUGUUGCCGCCAUGCCCUGGAUAACUGUUGUCUUUUUCAACAUGCUUAUAAUUUCGGUCACGAUCUUCUGUUACUUAAAAGCUGGAUGGAUUGGUAAUGAUGCUGUAACACCUAUUAUCGGUGAGCAUGACCCAUACUUUCAUGUAUAUGGUCGAGAGCUGACACAUGUCCGUGGAGUCGCCAUUCUGAUGACUUUUAUCUCAGCUGUUGCUAUCCUCACUUCAAUAGCCAUCAUCCGCCGAAUUCUUAUGGCAACAUCAGUCCUCAAGGUAGCUGCUAAAGUAAUAGGAGAAGUGCAAGAGCUGAUUAUAUUCCCGGCUAUACCAUUUGCGAUGCUCGCAAUAUUCUAUAUGUUCUGGUUAUUGGCGGCUCUCCAUCUAUUCAGUUCUGGUCAGGUUGUUCAGAACAACUGCAACAACACUAAUUGCUGCGCGUAUGAUCUCGUGUUAAAGAAAGUGAACUGUGACCAUUGUUGCGGUUACAGCAUACGUUACACUCCUCACAUCACCAUUGCCAUAUUCUUCCACCUAUUUGGUUGCUAUUGGGCCACACAGUUCUUCAUUGCAUCUUCUGCGACAGUGAUUGCAGGCUCUGUUGCUUCCUAUUAUUGGGCUCAAGGAGAAGCAUCGCCAGAGAUACCGUUUCUUCCGGUUUUCGCCUCAAUGAAGCGGCUUGCACGCUACAACCUAGGAUCCGUGGCUCUUGGUUCACUCAUUGUCUCUUUUGUGGAGUCUGUUCGGUUCAUUCUCGAAGCAAUUCGUCGUAGAACAAAAGUACGAGGGACCACACCCGAUCACUGGUUUUCGAGAAUAGGGCAUUACACUUCACAUGGUUGUCUCAAAAGCGUUGAGUGGACCAUCAAGUCAGUUAACCGCAAUGCCUACAUUAUGAUUGCUAUAACAGGGAAAAGCUUCUGCAAAUCGUCUGCAAUCGCGACAGAGCUGAUCAUAAACAACAUUAGGAGGAUAGGGAAGGUUAAUGUAAUAGGGGAUGUUAUAUUGUUUCUAGGGAAGCUUUGUGUGAGUCUCUUCAGUGCUCUCUUUGGCUUUCUGAUGUUGGAUUCGCACAAGUAUCGGUCUUCUCACAACAAAGUCUCAUCCCCACUAUUACCCGUUUUGGCUUGUUGGGCUUUGGGGUAUAUUGUGGCCACACUUUUCUUUGCGGUGGUUGAGAUGUCGAUAGACACAAUCAUUCUCUCCUUCUGUCAAGACUCGGAGGAGAAUCAAGGGAAUGCUCAGCACGCUCCACCUGAUCUGCUUGAAACUUUAGAUAGCAAUGAGGAGGUAGAGGUUCAAAGACUUAUUACCCACUGA